AUGCAACCGGCAGUGGGGAGUUGCCAUUUGUCGCCAGGCAAGCACCGUAUCAGCAAACGCGUCGCAGAGCAGGUACUAGACAUUAUUCGCCAAACCGAUGAAUGGAACAGCAUCGAGGAUGAGACUAGGUCGCUCCCCGCGGCCGUGGAUCGCCCCAUUCCGGCGUUACCAAUCUACCAAGAUGGGUUACAGUGCCAGUUUUGUAGGCAGAUUUACCGCAGUCGCGAGAGUUUACGAGUGCACUGGUCGAAGGAGCAUCGGUUUUCGGCGUACGGCCAUGGGGGCAAGCCACGACCAUCCGAGAUCGCCGCCGGAAAGCAGAAACAAGAGGAGGGGGCCAAGUCAGUUGUGUGCCAGCAGGUUUUCCCACCCGGAAGCACCACCCCCCAGGCCACGCAAGUCGCCGAAGCCGUUGACCAGUUGCGCGAGGUGUUUACACGGAAAAUACAGUUAGAAGCCGAGAUCCGGCCCGGCGAUAUCGACGAAGCCAAUCCGUGGUUGGACCGAACCGGAUGGGCGGCGUAUUUACGCGGACGUAAGUCCAAGGAAUUGCGUAUAUGCAUUGAAAGCCCGAAGGAAGAUGCGGAGGGGGAUGAGGGUACCGCGCGGGUGAUUUGGGAUGCCAUGUUGGGCGUUGCCCGUAAAAGCCAGAGCAUCACCCAACGGACAGGACAUUUGUUACGGAUUGAAGCCGCCCGCACCGAUAUAGAGAAGAUCCCGUCGAAGCCAUUGCAGGCAUACAUGAAGGCGGACGAGGAGUUGGAGCGACAUGUUGACCCAUGGCGCCGCAUUUUGAUGUUUUUCGCCCGCACCCAAGUUCGGCAUGAUUGGAAUAGUCCGUAUUCCGCCGAGUGCCACAAGGACCGGCCCGAGCCGAUCCCCACCGACGGCACCGACCCGAACCCGGACGCAUUACAACCCGUGGAAGCCGAUUGCAUGGAAUUCAUGAUUGAAUUAUUAAACCAGCGUAUUCGAUCGACCGAGUACGAGCUGGCGUUAUCGUUUUUGUUGGACCCGAAUGCCCGCGAGUUAUUACAAAUCGGGGAGAAAAAGCUGGUGGGGGAGUGGGAUGAUCCCAGCCCGGUCGAUUAUAUAUUUUCGCAUCAACGGGAUGGCCGCAGUCCGCCCGCACCCCAGACCCCACGACAAGCCACCACCCCGGAUUAUCCGUCCAGUUCGCCCGCGUUGGAUAGUUUGCCCAAUAGUUCCCCACCACCGGUUGUAUUUACCCAGCAGGCACAGGAAGGCCCAAAGACAUGGCGCCAAUGGAUUCGCAUCAUGGUCACCGGGUUUAUGGUGCACGGCACCGCCGGGCCGAUGGAAUGGAUGAUGGAUUUACGCCGGUAUGGGAUGAAGAUCCACAUGAACACCCCCACCGCCGGGCACAUCGGUUGGGCCAACGGGGACGAGUUGUCGUAUAAAACGAUGCGGUUCACGAUGGGGGCAUUCCGCGGGUUCAUCCAUGGGUUGACGGCUAGCGCACGGCAAUUGAUGAUUAACCAGAUUUUGCGGUGCCAACCCGACCAGAUUCCCGUUAUCCCAUGGGACCGUAUGGCCGAUGAUUUCAACCAACCCAAGGCCGGGUGGAGUUUUUUGCAGGACGAGCGCACGCCGUGGCCCGUCGAUGGGUCCCGGUGGAUGGUGGAUCGGGUACAGGAGGAGCAUCCAUUGCAGCGGUUGUUCAUGCAAGCCAACACCAAUCGGUUCAGUGUCGAUGCUAUCGGCCGGUUUUUUGGGUUCGUCAACGAGUUCAAGGAAAAGUUGGCCGUGUUAGUCCACAUUACUAGCGGUCAGCCCCCGCGAGGCCCCGAGUUGUUGAGUAUCCGUCACCGCAAUAGCGCCGCCGGUGGGCACCGUAACGUGUUCAUCGAGGAUGGAUUGGUGGCAUUUAUCACCCGAUACCACAAGGGGUUUUACGCUAGCGGGGACGCCAAGGUGAUUCAUCGGUACGUACCCCGUGAAGUAGGUGAGUUGGUUGUGUGGUAUUUGUGGUUGGUAUUGCUAUUUGUCGAGAUGUUGCAGGCAUUCCAGGAAGAGGCAUGCCGUUUGGACGCCGUUCCCGACACGCACGCCACCAAGAUGUGGGGUUUCGAUGCCGGCACUGGACGGGAGUGGACGCCCACGCGGGUGACGGAUGUGAUGGUUCGGGAAAGCAAGAUGCGUUUACACAACGGAUUGUCGUUGUCCGCGUACCGAGACAUUGCCAUCGCGAUCAGUCGGAGAUAUUUCGGUAGUGUCAAAGCGUUCCCGCACAACGUCCGCGAGGAUGGGACCGAGGUCAUCAGCGAUAACGAGGAGAACGAGGACGAUAUGGACGACGAGCAGUGGGUGCGCCAUAUUGCCGAUUUGCAGGCCGCGCACACCACCCAUAUCGCCGAGAUGGCAUACGGACGUAUGAUGACCCAGCAGCAAGGGACCACGGCGGGUCGUCAGGCGGGAUUCCGGACCAGCAGCGUGCAUUGGCAUGAUUUUUUAGGGUUUGACAUCAAGGACAUCCCGAGUAGCGUAUUGGGCAAGCGAGCCCGGCCACGGUGGAAGGACGACGAUAUACAAAUGCGCGAUCAGCGCCGCUAUUUAGUCGAGACGACCAAUAUGACCGAGGCAUUGCAGCGGAUGACCGGCGACCCCACAAUGCAGUUCCGGGGCGUCCAGGGCGCGGCUAUUGAUGCCAUCAAACGGGGCGAUUCCCGGGUCGUGGUGGUGAUGCCGACAGGCGGGGGCAAGAGUAUGUUAUUCAUGUUGCCCGCGUGGGUUGGCCAACGAGGCGGGUUAACGAUCGUGGUGGUUCCGUUGACCGCGUUGCGUUCCGAUUUACAGCGCCGAUGCGAGGCCGCCGGGAUUUCAUGCGUCGAAUGGGAGAGUCAUCGCUAUCCCGACCACGCGGCCAUUGUGUUUGUGACGCCCGAGGCGGUAUUCACGGAUUCAUUCCAGUCGUUUUUGAACCGGCAGCGCGAUAACAUACGGUUGGACCGGAUUGUCAUUGACGAAUGCCAUGUUAUGUUGAACACGUCGGAGAAAUUCCGGCCGCGGUUACAGCAGUUAGGUCAAAUGCAUCGGUUUGGUGCGCAGAUGGUGUUUUUGACCGCCACGUUGCCCCCAUGUGAGGAGAGCCGGUUAUUUCAGCGCAUGGCGGUGGAGCGGAACGUGGUGAGCAUGUACCGCGCGCGGACGAGCCGCUACAAUAUCGCAUAUCGGGUGUACCGGCCCACCAUUGCGUUGAAAUAUCGUUCCCAGAACCAGUGGUUAGAGGAUCCCGGUGUCCGGUAG